AGAGAUAGGAGAUAGAGAGAUAAACUCAACAAACCCAAAAUAUUUUGGUAAACACAAACGGGUAAAAAAGAAAAAUCUUAGUAGUGACAAACAACACAAAUUCCUCACAACCCCAAAACAAACAGACAAAUCACCUCUUUAAUCUCAAUCUCCGCCAAAAAAAACACCAAAAAUGGAGGCCGGACAGCCCGGUGGCGGAGGAGAAGACGGUCUGUCCUCCUUAUCACAAACCCCAGCCACCGUGAUUUCCCGGUGGACGUUCACCGUCUCCCAGCGUUACCAGCAUCUUCUCGAUAAGGCUGUACCGCACACCCUGUACCGUUGGAUCGGAUGUCUCGUCGUCGCAUUAAUCUACACCUUGCGCGUGUACUUGGUGCAGGGCUAUUAUAUAAUCACCUACGGAUUAGGUAUUUAUAUGCUUAAUCUUUUGAUUGCGUUUUUAUCGCCUCAGAUUGAUCCGGCGUUGAUGAUGAAUAAUGGUAAUGGUAAUGAUGAUGGGCCUACUCUUCCGACACGUGGAUCCGAUGAGUUUCGCCCCUUCGUCCGCCGUCUCCCGGAGUUUAAGUUCUGGUACUCGAUUGUCAAGGCCGUCUGCAUUGCGUUUUUCUUGACAUUCUUUGAAGCAUUCGAUGUACCCGUCUUUUGGCCAAUACUACUAUUCUAUUGGAUUAUACUGGUUUUCAUGACUAUGAGGAGACAGAUAAUGCACAUGAUCAGAUAUAAAUAUGUUCCAUUUACUUUCGGAAAACAGAAGUAUGGAAAGAAGGCACCUACAACUGACAGCAUAAGCAUUCCGAAGGAAUGAGUUUCUCAGGUGAAAUCUGUGAAGGCUUUGGUGGUCGUAGAAUCCGGUCAACUAAUUUUGGUGCAACGAAAUGGUUAUUCUUGCCCUCUGAUUCCUUGUUUCCCCACAUUUUUAUUCUUGUCCACAUUUUUGGAAGAAGAGUUUUGUAUAUAGAGCAGCAUGGGACGUUUAAACCAAAAUAGUUAAACCUUUUUAGUAGUAGUAGUUUAUAGAGGGGAAUUUAAAUUUAGCAAUGCAAAAGAAGAAUUAUUAAUUUUCAUCAUCAAGACGCUACUUUUUCUUCAGUUGGAAAUACCAAUUUCUCAUUUAGUGAUA